UAUACUAUAAUUUUACUAAUACCACAGAAAAAUUUGGACUUUUAUAUAUUUUGGGAGAUAGUUCUCUGCGAUUUUCUCGGGGCACUUAUAUUCACCAUUUGGGUUCUUUUUGGCAAAUCUUCUUCUUCCCCAUUUAUUUUCUGUGUCCCUUAUUUGGUUGCCGAGAAACCGCGAGAAUUAGAAAAAAAAAAAAAUCAAACAAAUUCGAAGAAGAAGAAGAGAGAAAACGAAAUUAAAAAAAAAAAAAGUCUCUGUCUUUUAAAAAUCAUUCUUCGUUUCCGGUUUCGAAACUUGUUGUGUCUGCAUUUUUCUCAGGGUCCAAGUUUCUCUGAGGAAUAGGAUUCUUUAAAGAAUUUGAGUAUAUAAGUGAAGUUGUAGAGCUUCUUCUAUCUGAGAAUCCUCUGAGAAACUUCGAUAUAUUAUACAGUUUGCUUGUAACAACAUUUGGUGUUGUUAUGGACAUAAAAUCUGGUCACUCAUCUCCUGUAAUGACUGAUUCUCCACCGUUAAGCAAUGCAAGAUUAACCAUUCGUCAGAACAGAAUCCCUUACUCAUCAGCUGCAGCGCUGUCACAGAACAGUAACCUUCUUCUAACCGUUCCUAGAAAGAAAACUGGUGUCCUUGAUGAUGUUAAGUCUAAUUGUUGGCUUGAUGCAAUGAAAUCUUCUUCUCCUCCUCCAACACUAGUUAACAAAGAUAACAUCAGCAGUGAGGCCACAGAUAUGACUUAUCGCGAAUGGAUGCAGCUCAAGUAUCCAUCAGCACUUACUUCUUUCGAGAAAAUCAUGAGUUUUGCAAAGGGUAAAAGAAUAGCAUUGUUUCUUGAUUAUGACGGGACACUUUCGCCUAUAGUUGAGGAACCUGAUUGCGCUUACAUGUCAAGUGCUAUGCGUAGUGCAGUGCAAAACGUUGCCAAGUACUUCCCAACUGCGAUCAUAAGUGGAAGAAGCCGUGAUAAGGUGUACGAGUUUGUUAAUUUGAGUGAACUUUACUACGCUGGAAGCCACGGGAUGGACAUCAUGAGUCCUGCAGGAGAAUCUUUAAACCAUGAACAUAGCCGUACUGUAUCAGUCAACGAAAAGGGGAAAGAUGUAAAUCUAUUCCAGCCCGCUAGCGAGUUUUUACCAAUGAUCGAUAAGGUGCUUUGUUCUCUUAUAGAGAGUACAAACGAUAUCAAAGGGAUCAAAGUAGAAGACAACAAGUUCUGCAUCUCUGUCCAUUACCGCAAUGUAGAAGAAAAGAAUUGGGCAUCGGUUGCACAGUGUGUUGAUGAUGUUAUCAGAACAUAUCCAAAACUACGGCUAACACACGGUCGGAAGGUUUUAGAGAUCCGACCAGUGAUUGACUGGGACAAAGGGAAAGCUGUGACAUUCCUACUCGAAUCUCUUGGCCUAACAAACUGUGAGGAUGUUCUUCCAAUAUAUGUUGGGGAUGAUCGAACAGACGAAGAUGCAUUCAAGGUAUUACGAGAAGGACCGAAUCAUGGUUAUGGUAUAUUAGUCUCUGCUGUACCCAAAGACAGUAAUGCCUUUUACUCGCUUCGUGACCCUUCUGAGGUGAUGGAGUUUCUGAAAUCAUUGGUCACAUGGAAGAGAUCAAUGGGUUAAGUAGAAGAAGAAGUAGAAGAAAAUGGUAAACGUUAAUAUAUAUAUAUAUAUAUAUGAUUACAAAUAUGGAAGAAGUUUUGAGGAUUAUUAUUGUUACUUUCGGCUUUAUACAAAUACCGUUGAGAUUUAACUUAACGGUAUCGGAUCGGAAAAGAGAUCACAUGAAGGCUUCAAAACAUGCCGGAGAUCCUCUUUUUCCGAUCAAUCUCUUUAUCUUCUACAACUGUAAAUUCUUCUUUUUAUCUUGGAUAAACUGUCUUUUAAUCUCCGGAUUAAUUCAAAUCA